AAGAAAUGGAGAACCCAUAUAGAAAUAGGAGCCAGGAGAGGAGCAGAGCAGUUCAAGUCAGAGAUAGUAGAAAUAGGCCCUUAGAUAUCUCCGUUUCUGAGGAUAUCCACCCAGGGACUUAUAAAACUAAGGAUAAUGUGAUGAGUUAUGACUGGAGAGAUGACUUAACUCAAAGCCAGAGUAAUCAUAUGAGGACACAGGAUGAUAGGAAGACCCAUAAUAUGAUGAACCUUGAAAAAGAGAUAGAAGAGGACCCGAGAAGCCUGCCGAAAUCUCCUGAACACUUCAGCUCCACAGGCGACCAGGAACACUUGACUUAUCUCUUAGACACAGUACUUGAAGCACAGGAGAAAUUUGUGACGAUGUUUCCCAACAUGGGAAAUUUGAUCAAUGAAAAAGAAACUAAAAGCUUCGAAGACAUCACUUUCUGAAUGCUCAAGCAGAGCUUAUUCCUAUUCGAUGAGUAUAAAUAAGCUGAACUCUCGAGUACAUAGUGAUUACAUCUCAAUGUGAAACAAAAGGCUUCUAUCAGAGAAUGAUCAGCUUAAGAAAAUCAAGGAGCAAAGCAGUGAAAUUAUCAAAACACUCAAUGAGAAUCUCUGUGGAAGGGAGAAAAGAAUCCAGGAACUCCAAGAGCACCUCGAGAUUGCCAAUAAGAGCCUCCCUAAAGGUGAUAUAGAACUUAGAGCUAGAAGAGAAAAGGAUAGAGACAUUAGUUCUCACAAAAAACUUACUUUCGAGCUUAACCAGAAGGAAGAAGCCAUCAAGCUUAAAGACAAAUCAUUAAAGGUUUGAAAUCAAGAUAUUAAGAAGUUAAAACAAUCUGUGUCUGAACUCAAGGAGUCUAUCUGUGCAUAUGAAGAGAAGAACUUAUCACUCAAAUCUCAGAUCAGAGCUAAGAACGAUAUUAUUAAGAGACUUGAGUCAAAAAUCUUAGGAUUUGAGAACACCAAGUCAAUUUCAGUAAGAAUGGAAGUUGAAGAUUGCAAUGGUUUACAAAAGUUUCAUACUUUAGAAAAUUACCCAGCUCGUGACUCAUCUAUCCAUAGUAAGAAGCAUUCCCGUAAAUCAAAUGAGAGAAUGAGCUACAGGGAUAAACCGAUCAGAAUUAAAGCAAAACUUAGUUCCAAGAAAAAGACUGCUAUUGAAAAAUUGACUGGUUUAAAUUACGAUUCCCUUCUUGCUAUGACAAUAGCCCAAGCCAAGGAAGUAGAGAAUGCUUUGCUCAAACCUGAAAACACAAGUUAUCGAGAGUUAAACAGUGGGUUUAUCAAUGACACUACAAGAUGUUCCAACAGAGACUCUAUGCUGAAGGAGAAUAAAUACAUUCUCAACAGAAGAGCAGAGCCUGAAGUCAGGCUCAGCUCUGCUGAUACUGAGCUUGUUUCCAAAGUUAUAAAAUACUUCCAAAGAGGAGAUGACCAGAGAGCCAUUGAAAUCUGGAAGGAACUCUCUUAUUGUCCACUUCCAGUGAAAAAUAACGAUGAGUUCAUCUUAGCUUGCCUCAAGCUUAGGGAUAUCCAACUUCGAGACUAUAGAAAUGCUGAAGCAAGGAAUAGCAAAUAAGGAUAUUGAAACAGCUGAAGAGAAUAGAAAAUUGAAAGAGGAAAUGGACAAACUUGCAGAAGCAGUCGAUAAAAUUCUAAGAGAAAAAGGAAACGGCAGCCAAUCCUUUGAUAUCUCUCCAAUGGAGUUAAAUAAGCUUCAAGAUGAAGUGGAUUACCUCGAAAAUAUACUCAAAGAGAAAGAAGAUUGUAUCAAACAUCUAGAACAAAAGCUUAAGACUAGAUCAAAAGAUCAGCAUAAUGAGAAUAGGGUAAUGAGCUUCGAGGAAAACUCAUACCAAAGGAAGCAGAUGAAUGCUCCUAAAAGCGAGGACAAGGUGCUCGAAGAGAGAAUGAUGGAGCUUGAAUCAAUUAUUCACAGGAUUGAAUCUACUAUAUUCGCCUUUGAAAGUAAAAGGGUCGUAUAUAACACAAAUACAAGACAGUUUGAUACAAUAGAGUCCUCAUAUGGAACAUACCCGGAUGCACUGAAAGAUUUCUGCAGUCGUCUCAGAUCAACAGAGAGAAGCCUUGACAGAAUCAUAAGCCUAUGCAUGGAUCAAACAAGGAGGCACUUGGCUGACUCUGAUGAGAACACUAUUGAGGGUGUCACUCCAAACAGCGAUACCGACUGAGAUCCCUCGCUUAUAGAAAGAGAGGCGGAGAACUUCCUUUCAAGGGCUGACCAGAAAUACAAAGAUUACUUUGAGUAUGAUAAAAAUAAGAAUGCAGACCAAAGAGAAUGAGUAUUUAAGGAGUUGUUCAAUCUGAACCACCAGUUGAUAAAGUUACUCCAGAAAUCUGAAGACCGUGUAGAAGCAGAAACCUCAAAAGCUAGAAGAAAUAAGAAGGCACUGGAUGAGAUCAAUAAUGCACUCGAAGAGCAGGGUAGAAAGAAUGUACUCCAGGAGAUCAAGAAUAUGAGCCAGACCUUAUUUUCUGAGAAUGAUAACCUGAUUGAAGAAUGAGUCGAGCUCAGGAAAGAAUGCAGCCGCCUUAAGCAACAAGCUUAUAAUACAAAUAACUUAGGAUUUUAUAAAGAACAGAUUGACUUACUUGAGAAGAAGAACGAACUUUUGAACAAGAAACUUAAAGGUGUCGAAACUGGCUUCCAGAACACCCAAAAUUCCUUCCCCCCAGAAGUCAGCACCUCUAGUAUAAAACAAAGAUUUGAAGAGACCAAUGCAGCGCUUGAGAGAGCUUUUGACAGAAUUUCAAUGCUAGAAUCUGAGAAUAACAAGCUUCUUGAAUCCAUUAAUUCUGAAAAAUCUGAUAGAACAAAGUUACAGAAAGAAUAUGAUGUUAAAGUUGAAGAAUUCAGAAAAAUUCAGGACCAAAGGAGACGCCUGGAAAUGGAGCAGACGAGCAUUAGAGAUAACCUUCGCUCUAAUAAUGAUCAGGUUGACCAACUCCGGAAAGAGAAAAUGGAUAUCGAAAGAAGGUUGAAACAAAUUACAGAUGAGAAAGAUUUCAAUGAGAAUGAAAGAAGAGUGUAUAAUGACAGUAAGAAGUUGUUUGAAGAGGAAAUAAAGACACUGAAGAAUACACUCACCAUGCGAGAAGAAGAAAUUUAUGCACUCAAAUCUACUCUGAGCAAGAAGGAGAAAGAUAUUGAAAAUUAUGAGAUCCUUGUCUCUGAAUUUAAGAAAGACCUGUCCCAAGCUCAAGAAGAUAGUAGUUAUUAUAACGUAUACCGAUCCGGCACCAUGAGAGAUAUAAUCAGGAACCUGGCCCAAGAAGUUAACCUUGUCACUUGUCUAACACAGUUAAGUCAUACACCUAAGGAGUAUGCAAAAGGAAUGAAAACCUUGCUUGAUCACGUCCUCUGAAGCCUCCAAGCUAAGAAUGAGGAUAUUACACGAGCUCAUGAGAGUAUGCAGAAGUUAUCAAGAGUUAUUGAAAACAAGGAGAUUUCCUUGUCAAACCUAGAAGAUGAACUCAAUCGGAUUCAGAAUAAAGAGAUCGACCUUAAUCGUAAAAAAGAAGAGAUCUUUAAAAAUGAGAUAAAUGCAUUUGAGAAAGAGAACAGAUCUUUAUUGAUGCAACUCAGGGAUCUGACUGAGGACCUUAAAGCUCUCAAAAAGAGGUACGAUACUGAGAGGGAUAAAAAUCGCAGUUUGAAGAAAGAGGUUGACUUAGUCAAUGAUGAGUUGAAGAUAAUCCUUGAAUUAGGGAAGUAAUCGCUGGAUAUUAAUUUUAUCAAUA